AAACUCAGAAAUCGCUCACUCUCUCUCUCUCGCGCGCGCGGACUCACUCGUCGAUCGCCAUGGACACUCCUACUCCUUCCUCUCCUUCCGCUUCGCCUUCGCAGUUCGUGCCGCUUCCUCUUUCCAUCGAGGACGCUAUGCGCCGAAUCUGCAUUGAUCAGAACCAGCCUCCCCCGAACGUGUCGACUCGGAGAAAGCUCGCUUCACUCAGCGAAGAGGCCGCGCUUCGGGUCCUGAGGUCGACCGCCGCGACGAAAAUCAAGUGGUCCAUUGACGGUUUGAUCUCCCGCAUUAUCGAAAACGGCAGCGGCUUUUCCUCUUCGCCGUCUCCGACGAAGAUCGCUCGCGUGUCGUUGAAUGAUCAAAGUCCGGCCCGUUCUUCUGUGAUGAAGUCGCGCGACAAUGGAUUUGCAAGCUCUCCUGUGCGAGAUCAACAGGUUGGAAGUCUGAGACUUUUUCCAAGCUUGGCAAAUGGGAAUGGAAAAGCAGUUAACCCCCACCUGAAUGCUCUGAGUGAACUGGAGUUUAGAAAAGCAUUUCUCAUUCUAAACUACGUUGGGGAAGGAAAGCUUGAAGAUGCCAUAGACAGUGAUAGGAUUCGACUGCUGAAAGAUGUCAGAAUGAUCGAAUUUGAGGAAGCGGUCUGGAAUGCCGUUGGACAGUUUCAUGUUAAGAAAGAUGAACGUUGUAAGUAUGUUGACUGGGAUUCUGGAAAGACACACUUCUACCACUGUAACAUUUCAACGCAGGGGUGUUAUCGUUUUAAAGGUCCUUACCUUGAUAAGAAGAAAACAGUGUUACAAAAGGCCCUAGGAGACGAGAAUGUUCUCCUUGUCAAGUUGGCAGAAGAAACAACGGAUAAAAGCCGCAGACCGAUUGGUUCUGCUGAUUUUACAGUAUAUAAAAAGAUUGCAAAAGAAGGGAUUCCUGUCGGUUCCCGUCGAUACAAGUUCUUCGUGUUUAAGGAUGGAGGCAAAGAAGAGAAGAAAAGAGACCCUACUACGUCCUCUGUAAAGUGUUACUUUGUUUGCAUGGAGUGCGAGGCACUUAGGGAAAAGAAAACAGUUCAUGAAGCAAGAUGCUUCUUCAUGCAUGCACAUACAGUGUCCAGCAUAUCCCGCUAUAUGAUACGGUUGUCUCUCAUCUUGUCCAAAACCGAAAGCUUGGAAGUUGACUGGGAUCUUGUGACGAUUGAGACAAUUAAGGAUGAGGAGUGCAAGGAUAAAGAUGGAAAUUCCAUCUAUGAUAAGAAGGGAAAGCCACUUAUACAUACCGAUGGAACUGGAUUUGUAUCUGAGGACAUAGCUUCGAAGUGUCCUGGAAAUAUAUUUAAGGGAAGCAGUGUGCCAACUCCUGCUUUUGAGAGGUUUGCUGGCUGCAGUGACAAUGAGCAGAAACGUAGGGAGGGCAUAUGUGAACCGCCUUUGCUGAUUCAGUUCCGUCUAUUCAAUGAUGGUAGAGCCGUCAAGGGUACUCUUCUGCUUAACAAGCAACUCCCUCCUCAUACAAUUCAUAUUCGACCGUCCAUGAUCAAGGUUGAAAAGGAUCCUAAGCUUUCAGAUAUCAGGACAGUUGAUUCACUGGAAAUAGUAGCAACAAGCAAUAAACCAAGAACUGCAUAUCUUUCAAAGAUUUUGAUUGCACUCUUAAGCUAUGGAGGGGUCCCGAAUGAAUUUUUUUUGGACAUGCUGCAGAAUGCUCUGGGAGAUGCAAAUGGUGUCUUCUCUGGAAAACGAGCAGCUUUAAAAGUUUCGGUGAACCAUGGUGAUAUGGAUGGUUUCAAUGUAGCUAGAAUGAUCUUAUCUGGGAUUCCUUUGGACGAAUCAUACCUACAGCAUCGUCUGUCCAUACUGAUGAAGAUGGAAAAGAAGAAUUUGAAAGGAGGAAGGAUUCCUAUUUCAGAUUCUUACUAUCUAAUGGGGACAGCCGAUCCCACAGGAAUUCUUAAAAGUGAUGAAGUUUGUAUCAUCCUUGACAGUGGACAAAUUUCAGGGAAGGUAUUAGUAUACCGGAAUCCUGGUCUGCAUUUUGGAGAUAUUCAUGUUUUAAAUGCUACAUAUGUGGAAGAUUUGGAGACAAAAGUGGGAAAUUCCAAGUAUGCCAUAUUUUUCCCUACUAGUGGACCACGUUCCUUGACCGAUGAAAUAGCUGGUGGGGAUUUGGAUGGGGAUGUGUAUUGGGUUUCAAGGAAUCCUCAGCUGUUGAAAUAUUUUACACCCAGCAAGCCAUGGGAAUCAGCUUCUGCAGCAAGAGACGUGAACUGCAAGAAGCCAAGUGACAUAUCUUUUGAGGAGUUGGAGGAUGAGUUAAUUGGUUUAUGGUUGAACAACAGAUUUAACCCAAGUUACACAGUGAGUGCUGCUGCUGAUAGUUGGCAGGCACUGAUGGAUCGUCUUCUAACACUCAGUUGUGAUGAAGUUGAUGAAAAACAUCGCGUGGAGAUGAAUCUUUGUCAAUUGGUUGACAUAUACUAUGAUGCCUUGGAUGCUCCUAAGAAUGGUGGAAUGCAGAUUGAACUUCCCAAAGUUUUGAAGGCAGAAAUUUUCCCACAUUACAUGGAAAAGGAUAAAUCCUUUCACUCCAAUUCUAUCCUCGGAUUGAUUUUUGAUGCAGUAGAAUCAUACCAGGCUGAAAAUCAGACUGGCAAAGGGAUUUGGAAGAUUCCCUAUUUUGAUGUGGAAAUCCCGAGAGACUGCCGAAUGGAGUGGGAAAGACGCUACAAGGAAUAUAGAAACCAGAUGGUAGCUGCUUUGGGGGAAGGGGGAGAAGUCAAGAAUUCCUCCGCAGAUGAAGUUAUAAAGAAAUAUAAACAGUUGCUAUAUAGUGCACCAGAGUUCGAAGAGAGCCCGAGGAAGCCAGAAGAUAUUUUUAAUGAAGCUCUCGCAAUCUAUAACACGGUGUACGACUAUGCAAUGCAAUGGAAUGACAUCGGCAAAUGCGGAUUCGCUUGGAAAGUUGCGGGGCCUGCACUCUGCCGGUAUUAUGCCAUGCGGCAGGAGCAGAAGUCAAUUGUCUGCCUGCCCUCAGUUCUAAAGGAAGUCUUCAGUUGAAACUUAACAUUGGCUCGGACAAUGUCGUAAUUUGGUGUAUAAUUAGGUUCGUUGGUCGCCUCGUCAGUGGAGAAAAAGUUCUGUGAGAGCCACGGAUUGCGCAGUUUGUGCAAAAGUAAGUUAUGGUGUUGGAAUUGUUCCCCGCAUCAUGUGAUUAGCGCCUUGACCGUGCUCGAGGCAUGUACGUAAGUUU